GACCAGGCUUAGAACCUGGCCUCAGUAGUUCAUGCAGUCGCCUCACGCGGUUCGCAGACAACGUUGGUUGCAGCUGCCAUACGAUGUACCUACCGUGUGCGUUGCAGUGCAACGACUCUUCCGACGCCUCCGAACGCAACCGAACGCAACGCGACAUGUCUGGGAAUCAGUCACGCUGCCGAAAAGCGCGCGGACGAGAUGGGAGAGGGAUAGACACUGGGGUUGAGACCUUGAUACAGCUUAGGGCGCCAGGCAUCUUACGCACGGUGCCAGGGCGAUACGGCUUAGAACACUCGUCUGCUGCACCGUUCAAUAAUUUCGGAACACUCAUGCUCCACCACAGCACUACCGCAGGAUGAUGACGAACAAACGGGUUCGUCUUUCAAUAGACUACUCUGGGACUUAGACGGAAUAAUUACCGUGCCUGCAGCAGCAGCGACGGCAACAGUCUGCCUAGAUCAUGAUGCCUAGCAGCCAAACGUCUAUGGGCAUUAUUGGAGAGCUGAAGAGGCCCUACUCUUUCGUCCUCGCUCUGCUCCUACUGGAUCGUCCUUGUGCGGAGGCUGCCCUCGCAUGCAUCGGUUCCCCUCCCUCUCUCCCCUCCAUCAAGCCUCCGAAGCCCGCCUCGUGCUCAUCGCGGGAGCAAAGCGUGUUGUGCGCAAGAGAGGGAGCGUGUGAGCGUGUAUUGCGGUACAUGAGGGCUCCCUGGAUCCUUGUGUGCUGUGUCUCUUCCCUGGGGGCUUUCUCACGCUAGUGUC